CAUAAGUUUCUCCCUCAGUCGGGUGGGAUAUUUCAGUGUUGAGAGAACCACGGAUGGUCGUUCGUGUGUGUUGUGUGUGUGCCAUCUCUCCCCCCUCUCACGUUUUUCCACUGUCAAGACGAGUAUAGUUUCACGCUUCAUCAUCGUGAGUGCAUUUCUCCACUGCCGUCGUCGUCGUAAAACAUCGGCGCGUUUCUUCGUUGUAAUUCAUCAAGUUAACUUUUGUGGGCUCUCCCUUUCAUCUUCCUGUCUGCAGCAGCAGCAGCCCCAGCAGACUGGGGCCUGAGGAUGAAAAAAUAUUAAAAAUAAAAGAUGAGCCGUUCCAAUUUCGGUAGUGAAACAAUUGACCCCGAAAAUGAUCUUGUUUUGACUCUCGACCCUGUUGUUUUUUCGAAAGUGAAUUGAAGAAUUCCAUUAAAAAAAAACCAGACAAGAAAGAAAAGGAAGUUGUCUGUGUGUGUGUGUGUGUGUACGUACAGUGGCGCCAUUUGGAAAAAGCCCCCUCGUUGUCUCUGUGUGUGUGUGAUUCAUCCUCCACUGGUUUGGGCUUUGCUUGCUUUUAGAUUGGCGCCGCCAUUCUUUUCUCUUUCCCCCCCGCUGGAUAAGAAGAAGAAAUACCAAAAAUACAAACGGCGCAAAAUUUUCAAUCCACCCGCACUGGGGGAAUAAACACAGAAGACAAGAGGCCAAUUUUUUUUUUUUUUUAAUUAUUUCCGUUUUGUUUGGCUGGAAUGGAUUUGGAGGAGGCGGCCGUCGUUGUGGAAGCCAGCCAAGAAGUGCCAACUGUAAUCCUCACAUCCGCCGACGUGUUGUUGCUCCUCCCUGCAUUGGGCCGUCUUGGAAUGUUGGCUUCUUCCUUUCCUUUCUCUGCCUUGUGUAAUUCACCCACCGGCGCUCCUGCUGUAACUGCAACCUCACGUUGACGACGGACGUCUCCAAGACAAUUUUAAUUUUUCUUUUCUUGGACGUCAAAGUCAAUCCAUCCAUCCAUCCGUCGUCCCCUGAGGGACCUAUUCUCAAACCAAAUAGUAAAAGAAACUUUUAAAAACUUAAAUCCCAAAAAAAUGUCGAUCCGCUUUCAUCCGCAAUUGGUGCUGGACGGCACGCCCAAGACGUUUUACUGCCGCGAAUGGGUUUUCGCCAAAAUCGGACACAUCCUCGACAACAGGACGGCCGAGAAGAUUCAAGUGGCCAACAUUUCCGGCGUUCUCGUUGUCGGCGAGCCGGGCGCUGGGAAAACGGCCGUCACCCUGGAAAUCGUCCGCGGAGGAUUGGGCCAGCAGUGCCGAUCGCUUUCCAAUCGAGUCCUGGCCAGUCACUUCAUCAACGGCUACGAGCCGGAAACGCAGUCGGUGGCUGGAUUCAUCCGCCGCCUGGUGGAUCAACUCCAAGAGUCGCGACUGAUCGAUGGAUACACCGACAAGCUCCGGCACUCUGAACUGGCCGAAUGGCUCCACCCGGAUCGCAUGGAACGCGACCCGGACGAGUCCUUCCAGCGGGCCGUUCUCUUCCCACUCCUCGAGAUGGACACCCCUCCGCGCAAUCUCCUCCUCAUCGUCGAUUCGCUGGACGAACCUUCGCUCGUCCAGGAUCUUGGCGGAUUCAACGGCGUCCGCCGGCUGACGGACCCGACCAAUUGCGACGGUGAUUCCAGUCAGAGCAUCGCCGAGCUGCUGGCCAAUCAUCACCACUUGUUUCCACCGUGGCUUCUCCUCCUCGUAACGUUGCGGAGGAGCAACAAACCCCUGGCCCGUCUCUUCACGGGCUUCAAGAAAAUCGCCCUGGAUCAGGUGCGGCGCAAUUCGGUCGUCCGCGACGUCCAGCAGUACAUUCUGGGCCGUCUGGAGAAGGAAGCGGCCCUCAGACGUCACCUGACCAGAGAAACGGCCCCGGCUCUCAACAUGUUGCACAUCAAGAGCCACGGCUGUUUGUUGUACGUCGAAGCCGUUCUAGACGGAGUGGCGGACGGCUCCGUUCUCCUCCGCGACAUUCCCGAGAUUCCCGGGACCCUGAACGGCCUCUACUUGUGGCUCUGCCAGCGGCUCUUCACCCGCCGCGGAUGGAACAAGGUCCAGCCUCUGCUGGCCACUCUGCUGGCCAGUCGUCACCCACCCAGUCAGGAGCAGCUCAUGCGGGCCGCCUACACCAUCGACGCCCGAAUGUCCCGUUCCGAGUUCCGCAAGCGGAUGAACAUGUUGCGAAAAUUGCUGGUCCCGGCCGCCAGUCCGGACACGUCGGGCGGUUGCGUUCAGAUUUUCCACAGCAGUUUCGGCGAGUGGCUGACGGACGUGAAGCAUUGCACGCAACGCUUUUUAAUCAAAGUGUCGGAAGGUCACGCCCGCUGGGCCGUGACGUUGGCCAGUCGAGGUGAACUCAUGACGCCAAACGAGAUGGAGGAUUUAACGUUCCAUUUGGGUCGGAUGCAACUGCAGGCGCCGCUGGAAGCCUGGCAUCUUCCGCUUUGGCUCUUGUGGACCAAAGUGCCCGUGCCGGACAAGGCCGUACUUCAGGCCGUCAUGGUCAGCAGCCUCGGGGCCCACAACUUGGGUCUCGACGAUGACGUGGAGAGUCAACUGGGCGGAACGAGUCCGCCGCUGGAUUUGUGUGCGCCACCGGUCGUCGUCUCCGUCGUCGUCCGGCAGGAAGAGGAAAACGAGGACAUCGGAUCUCGAGAGCAACCGGAAGAAGACGCUCCGUUUGUUCCGGAAGAGGAUGACUCGAUUGCCGUGGCAUGUGCCGUUGCCGUGGCGACGGAAGAGGAAGAAGAGAAUGUCAUUACUACUAGUCGAUUGGCCGCCGGAUUGUGCCGGAUGAGUGCCGAUCCGGUGGAGGAGAUUGAGGAAUCGAUUGAACACAAUCGAGGAGGAGGAGGAGGAUGCGAAGAGGAAGAAGAAGAUGAGGAGGAAGAAUCACCGGCCGUUUAUCCGGCGGCUGCCCUUUUGGAGCGCCGCAACAGCGUCAGGUUAUUGCGCCACGCCCAUUCGCUGAACGAGGCGGAAGAUCCGGAGCAGUCGCUCUUCUACGCCGCCCAGAUGGGCUACACGUCGGCCGUCACCAAACUCUGCAAUCGCUACCGGACCUCCAUCAGUCCGGCCGCUUUGCGUCACGCCCUCUCGAUCGCUGCCCGCCAGGGUCACGCUUCUCUAGUCUCCAUUCUGCUGGAAGCCGGAGCGGAUCCCGACGUGGCCGAUUCAGAAGGGUGGACACCCCUCAGAGCCUCCGCAUGGGGCGGCCACGCCUCCACCGUUCAGGUCCUCCUGGAAAGAGGCGCCCAGGUGGACGCCAGUGACUCGGAAGGCCGGACGGCUCUCAGAGCAGCCGCUUGGGCUGGUCACGAAGAAGUUGUCCGGGCCUUGUUGAACGCCGGCGCCCAGGUGGACGGUGAAGACCGACAAGGACGGACGCCGUUGAUAGCGGCCGCUUACAUGGGCCACGCCGAUAUCGUGGCCGCCCUACUGGACGCAGGUGCUCAGCCGGAUCACGUGGAUUGCGAAGGCCGGACUGCCCUUUCGGUGGCCGUUCUCAGCGUCGCCUGCCGGACCCAGUCCCACAACAAUCCGCCAUCUGGUGCUAAUGGUGGCAACAGCGUCCGCCGGCGCCGUCCUCGCGUCCUACUCAAACGACGCCCGUCCAAAAUCAACUCGGAUGACGCGCUGGAUCCAACCGGUCACGAUCUUCGUGACACCUCCUCACCACCGACCGACGUGUCGGCGGCCUCCAUUUACUCAGACAGCGGAAUCACCGGCACUCUGACGGGCACCUUGACGGGCACGUUGGACGGCGAGGACAACGAGGCCGUCGAGACUGUGACGAUCCUGUUGGAGUACGGCGCUUCCGUCAACCACCAAGACAAGGAGGGAAUGACUCCACUUUUAGUGGCCGCCUUUGAAGGCCAUCGGACGGUGUGCGAAUUGCUUCUGGAAACGGAUGCAGAUGUGGACCAGGCGGAUUUAGGUGGGAGGACUCCGCUCCUGGCCGCCGCCUCCAUGGGCCACGGUCACAUAGUCGAACUUCUCCUUUUUUGGGGUUGUUAUGUGGACAGCAUCGACGCCGAAGGCCGCACCGUUUUGUCCAUCGCCUGCGCCCAGGGCUCAGUGGAUGUGGUUCGAUUGUUGCUGGAUCGUGGGCUGGACGAAGCCCACCGGGACAAUGCCGGAUGGACACCGCUGCAUUACGCUGCUUUCGAGGGUCACUCGGCCGUGGUGGAUCUUUUGCUGGAAGUCGGCGCCCGUAUGGAGGCCACGGACAACGACGGACGGGCGCCCAUGUUGCUGGCCACCCAGGAAGGUCACCUGUCGGUGGUGGAGCGUUUGAUUGAGCUGGGAGCCGACGUCGAUCAAAAGAGCCUGGACGGGAAAACGCCGUUACGCGUGGCGGCCCUCGAGGGCCACACGUCCGUCCUUUCAGCCCUGGUCGAAGCCGGGGCCGACGUGACGGCCAAGGACCCGGACGGCCGCAGCACUUUGUACCUGCUGGCCAUCGAGAACAAGUUGGAGCAAGUGGAGAUCAUCCUGUCGAAAUCUGGUGUCAAAUACAAUUUGGAGGAGGAUCGUGAUUUAGAGGGACGGACGCCGCUGCACAUUGCCAGUUGGCAGGGCCACACGGCCAUGGUGGAGUUGCUGCUCCGUUACGGGGCCGACGUGAAUGCGGUCGAUCGCGAGCAGCGGACGCCGUUGCAGAGCUCGGCCUGGCAAGGACACGAGUCGGUUGUUUGGCUCUUACUCAAGGCCGGCGCGCGUGGCGAUCAGCCCUGCUCCCAGGGAGCCACGCCCCUCUCAAUCGCUGCGCAAGAAGGACACGAAGGCGUUGCCAGACUGUUGCUGGCCAGUGGAGCGGAUCCCAACCGAGCCGACGGAUGCGGUAGAACGGCUCUGAAAUUGGCCAUGAAAGGCGGACACAAGAAAGUGAUUCAACUGCUGGAAAACUCGUCGAGCACCUCGUCGAAAUCGUCAGAGAUGGGAUCGAGAUAUUUGUCGGUCAACGGGCCAGACCCCACGCCCAAGGACUAUAGUCCGGCAUCGACUUUCGAGACGGCCAGCUGCAAGUCUGGGAGCAACUUGACGUCGACGUCGACGCCAAGGUCCAGCUCGCUGACGGCCGACCUGAAAGCUUCUCCAUCACCGUCAGUCCAAACGACGCAGUUGAGUUUCACUCAGCAGCUGCAGCAGCAGGCCGGGCAGCAGAGAGGCUCUCGCCCUCGGACGGCUGGCCUGCAUUUGCCUCUCUACUCGGCGUCUCGUAUCCUGUCGCCGCUAAGUGAACCGCAAAGUCCACUCUACGCCUCACCUCCGCCGCCCACUCCUCCCAACGAGCCGGCCAUCUGGCAACCCAUCCAUCAGACGACGUCGUCGACGGCCACCACCACCGCCUCCAAUACGCCGCAGCUUCAGCCUCAAGCUCCUCGGCCGUGUGCGCCGCUGGAUCAUCAUCGGUUGGUGUCGGUCCUGUCUGACCGUGUCAGUCCCAUGACGGGCAACGUCUCGAUCAAGAACGGUCAGUCGCGUUCCAGUCUGACGAGUCUGUUGAGACGGGAAAGGUCGGAGGACGCCUUCAGGAUCGCCAGCCUGGCGGGCAGUACAACACCCCCCGUGCCACAUCGGACGUCCAGCGUCGAUCCCGACCGGACUCAGCCCACGCUGAGAGGCAUAGACAUUCUCAAAAACGAUUCCUCCUCUCUGAGGCCGUCGUCGGUUCCUCUCACGCAGAGUAGUCACAUGCAAAUCAUUUUAGGAAUUCCGUCAAAAUCUCGUCGCAAUGGAUUCGGCCACCGUCCGGUCGUUCACCCGCAGUCGUCACGGGACAGUCACCACGGCGGGUUCAGCGGAAUGCUGGCCGGCAUCCGCAACAGCGCCCUACUACAUGGCAGCACCAAAUUGAAAAACGCUUUAUGUAACGCCGUUAGCCGCCCAGUUGGCGUCAUCAAAAAGGAAACUCAGUUAUAAAAAUUUCAAAUUAAAAAACAAAACUCAAGUAAUUAUAUGGAAAAAAAUGGGCGGUGCCCGAUGAACAACACACACACACCACUCUCGCUCUCUCUAUUCAUCUCUCACAUUUAUUUUGUUGUUUUGUUUUUAUCGUCAUCUCAAGAACGACGGCCAAAGAGAUAAAAAAGAAAAAAAAAUAUCCUCUCCUUCCAUUUAGAUUUUUUCUCUUUUUUCUUUCGUGACUCUUGCGUGUUGUGCUGCUGCCCGUGUGUUUGAUAUUAUAAUAACAUUUGGUCUUUUUUUUCGAUUAUUUUUGUGGGUUACAUCAUCUCUAUCUCUUAAUAACUUCUUUUUGUGUUCGCCCGUUGUCGAUGUGAAAGAAAAUGAAAAAAUUAUUCUUGGUUGUGUCGACGAGUAAAACAGACAUCCAACGUU